AUGGACACUUAUCUUACUACUGCCGCAAAGAGGCUAAGUGCUAGCUAUGCGGGGAAAAACAUCAGACGAAACAGCAUAUAUGCUCUAUAUGUAAUGCUAAGGACGCUAGCACUAAAAUCCUCCAAGCCUAGCCUAGAUAUCACACCACGCAUAAUAGCUUAUAUUGCUAGGUCAUACCGCCCUAGGGUCGUCCUAGCCUCGGAUUCGCUAAACGAUUCAGACUUCCAAGCCCUAGAUCAGCUCUUACCGCCUCUCGAUUCGGUCUUUUGCGGGGACUUUAAUGCCUAUAACCCGUGGUGGGACCCCCUAUACGAUGCAUGUGACGAAGAAGGUAAUACGCUAGCAGACUGGAUCGACUACCACGAUUUAGCCCUCUUAAAUACCCCUGGUAUUAGCACCUUCCAUCGUCCGCAUAUAGCUAGGCCGAUAAAUAUCGACCUUACGCUAGCGCAUCGAUCCAUAGCCAAUCACAUUCAGGACUGGGCCAUAGUGGACGAUAUAGGCUCAGACCAUUUUAGGAUCACAUUUACUAUUAACGGUUCCCGAAUAGGACUAGCGGAUCCACAAACCACCCGUUUCAAUAUAAAACAGGCAGAUUGGACCAAAUUUAGCGAAAAACUUUUCUGCCAGCUAUCACCGCUCUAA